UCACCUGCCAGUCCCUUACUAGUUCUUCGUGUUCUGGCACUGUCUGGCUCCACAAACGUUAUCUCCUGCUCACAACUUUGGAAACCAGCAAUGCAGUGAGCAGUCUACUAGCUUCCUGUCAUUCCAGCGCACAGUUUUAUUGUCAAACGAGAUAAGGGCAACACAGACUUCCUGUUAUAUUUUCAGCCUAUAUCCUGAAGGUAGAUUUACUAAUGGAUCUCCUGCUGAUCAAAACUUCACAACUGCUUUGAGAGUACGAGGAGUCUAACUGCAAAAAAAUCAGCCUGUAACUGUGACACCAAGCCAGAAGGGUUUUUUCUACUCAACAGCGAAUUUUCUUAAGAGGCAUGGAUAACUCUGGAACCAUCAUUAUUUAUACAACAAACAAUCACAAAGUCCUGAUCCUUUUAUUUUGCCUAUUAGCCCUGAUUGCAUUGCUGAUAUUCUUGUACAAGAAGUUGAACAGGGAGACUGAUGGAGAAUAUACCAUCCGGCGCAUGGUGUACAAGGAAGGGGGGGUCAGGGACCAGGUGAGGGGUGCAGCAUUUGCUCUGGGGACACGUCUCGGAGUCCGGCUAUGGCCUGGCAGUGAAACAGAUGAGGACGGAGAGGAAAUGCAGGAAGUCCAAGAUGAGGAGGGACAGUUAGAGGAGGGGGGUAGCCAGGGAAGGGACAGCGAGUGGGACGACCAGCAGGAGAAGGAGGAUGAUGAUGCAGAGACAAAGGGAAAAGGAGAUGACACUUCAGAUGAGAACUCAAGUUUGGAGGGUUCGGAGGCAGGGGAUCAAACCAGGUUAACAGACCAUCCAGAGGCAAAGGAGGAGACGGAGGAGAAAGUAGGAGAAGGGGAAGGUAAGGGGGAAGCAAGUGGAGGGGCUGGAUUGUUGAUAGACCUAAAGCAGUUCUCUGGAAGUGCCAUCUGGUCUGAAGAAGAGGGAGGAAAGGAUUCGGACAGGGAUAUGACUGCACUGUGAGUACAAGAUUAGAAAAUACGAAAUACAAAGAAGCCUUAGGAAAUAGUCUUAAGCCCUCCGUCAGGAAUACAAUUUUGGUGUAGAAAUUUGGAAUUUCUAGAAAUAGUCAAUUUUGAGUCAAAAUAGUGGAAUCAGUCUAUAAAAACAGCCACAAAGUGUAGGUUUUUAAUCAUAGAAUGUAAAUCAAAGCACAGCUAGACAAACUAAAGAGGAUGGAUGCACUGAGAGUGCAGUCAUGUCCAUGGUCCUGGUCUUAAUUCGAAAUCCAGAGAGCUGACUGAUAAAUGAAGCUGUUGUGCAGGGGGAUUUUGAUUGUUUCUCUUGUGAGUUUACCUUUUAUAAUGUAAAACUGUUUCAGUCACUUAAGAAAUCAGACUUUGUAUUAUUGUGUCAUCCCAUUGCAUGCUGUAUAUCGUGGAGUGUAGCUUGUUUUAUAUAUUGCUGUAAAUGUUUUUUUUUUUUCUAAUUUACAUUAAAAGUAAAAACAAACUUUACUUAAAGUCAUAUUUAGAGCUGAAGUGAUUGGUCAAUUAAUCGAUUAGCCACUCAACAGAAAAUGAAUUAUUUUGAUAAUUGAUUAAUCGUUUAAGUAAUUUCUUUAGAAAAAUUACAAAAUUUGUGAUGUGAUUGUAAACUGAAUAUUUUUGGGGUUUUGGACUGUUGGUCUGACAAGCAAGUAAUUUGUAAAACGUCAGCUUGGACAUUUUUCAUUCUUUUUCUCCCCAUACAGUGAUAAUAUAUAUUAUUAUAUGCAUUGCUCAUGUAUUCUAUGUAAAAUCGUAAUCUGCAAAGUAACUAAAACUACAAUAUUUCCCUCUGAAAUGUAGCGGAGUUGAAGUUUAAAGUAGCAUACAUUUAAAAUAGUCAAGUACAAGUACCUCAAAACUGUACAUAAUUGCAGUACGUGAGUAAAUGUAAACUUGGUUACUUUACACCACUGUUAAUGAAUUAAUGUACAACAAGGCUUUUCACUAUUGUCUUGGGAGAUUGUACUGAUGUUGUUGUACUUUUCGUUCCGAAACACUGUAUACUGUAACUAGAAGAAAAAAAAAUUAAUAAAUCUAACGCGUUCACAUCAGUGCCCCCUUUUUCUGUUGAGACGAUCACGC